GAAUGAGAAAGCAUUAUCACCACCAACCAAUGCUGAUGUGUCUUACCUAGCACAGGCUGUCCAAGAUAGCAUGAUGUUGAACAGACUUCCUAUGCCAGAGCCUACCAUCUUCAGUGGUGACCCCAUUCAUUUUGUUGAGUGGAAAACUUCAUUCCAAUCACUCAUUGACAAAAGGCAAAUCUCUCCAGCAGAUAAAUUGUAUUACCUGAAAAGGUAUGUCACUGGUCCUGCUCGUAAGACUUUAGAAGGCAUCUUUUACAGAAACGAUGAGGAAGCCUACCAAGAUGCAUGGAAAAGACUGCAAGAUCGUUAUGGACAGCCAUUCAUCAUACAAAGAGCAUUCAGAGAAAAACUCACGAGUUGGCCCAGAAUACAAACCAAGGACGCUGAAGGACUCAGAAAUUUCUCAGAUUUCCUAAAUGCAUGUACAGAUGCUAUGCCUCACGUAAAGGGACUGGAUAUAUUGAAUGAUUGUGAAGAGAACAGAAAACUCGUCUGCAAACUUCCAGAUUGGGCGGCUGCCCGUUGGAAUCGUCAAGCCACACAAGCGUUGAGUGAGACUCAGAAUUUCCCAACCUUUCAUGACUUUGCGAGAUUUGUUUCUGCAGAGGCUGAAGUAGCCUGCAACCCUAUUACUUCCUACUCUGCCCUCCAUGCUUCUGAAGCUAACAAGGAGAGACCUAACCCUAAGCUUGUUAGGAGUAAGGCCAAUGUCUUCCAUACAAAGAUGGUCACACAGCAUGAGAAUCCAAGGUUGUCUAUUAAAGUCAUUAAACCCUGUCUGUUCUGUCAAAGUGAAGAGCAUCGAAUUCAUGAUUGUUCUAAAUUCUCUGUUAGAUCUCUUGAAGAGCGAAGGCAGUUCAUUAAGGAAAAUAAGCUGUGCUAUGGAUGUCUGAAGCCCGGUCAUAGUGCCAGAGAGUGUCGCUACAGACAUACAUGUAAUACAUGCAGAAGAAGACAUCCUACAUGCCUACACGAUGACACCUUUGUUAUGAGGUCGAGGUCUUCUCCUAGUCAUGCCUCAGAAAAUGGACCUGAGAGAGUUGUAACAACGUCUUUGAGCGUAGAAUCUGGUUGCACAUCCACCAUCACCUCAAUGAUUGUACCUGUGUGGUUGUCUUCACAAAGGGACCCAGUCUCUGAGAAACUUGUCUAUGCUCUUCUAGACACACAAAGUGACUCAGUCUUCGUUGAAGAGGCAGUAAGUCAAGGUCUAAAGGUAAACUCAUGCCCAGUUACUCUUAGGCUCACUACUAUGAUAGGAAAAGAUUCAUUAACAACAAGUGAAAGAGUGUCUGGUCUCAGAGUCAGAGGCUUUAAUUCUACAAUCGUUCUAGACCUUCCUCCUGCAUACACAAAGCAAUGUAUCCCUGUGGAUCGUGCACACAUCCCUACCAAUGAGACCGCCAGACACUGGAAACAUCUCACUGCUCUAACAGAUAAAAUUCCCCCACUUCAAGAUUGUGAGGUUGGACUCUUGAUAGGGUAUAACUGUUCCAGAGCUCUAGCACCCAGAGAAGUGAUCAUUGGAGCAGACAACGAACCAUAUGCUGUUCGCACCGAUCUUGGAUGGAGCAUUGUGGGCCCUUCGUUAAAGAAUCAUGAGUCUGUAAGUGGUGUCAACAUAUGUCACAGAGUAUCUAUCAAGGAAAUGCCUUCUGUUACACCAGCAGAUCUUAUUAAAUUACUAGAGUCAGAUUUUAAAGACACUAAUGAAAACACAAAGGCAGUGUCUCAAGAGGACAUCAUGUUCUUGAACAAACUAGAAGAAAAUGUCAAAAUGAACAAAGACAAUCACUUGGAAAUGCCCCUUCCUUUCAGACAGAGACCCUUCCUUCCAGACAACAAACCCCUUGCAGUGGUGAGACUUCAACAUCUCAAGAGGAGAUUCGAGAAGGACAAAGUGUAUAAAGAACAUUAUGUGAAGUUCAUGGAGGAGAUAAUAGAAAAUGGAGAUGCUGAAGGAGACCUUGAUGAAGGAAAGGAAGGAGAAAAAUGGUACAUUCCCCAUCACGGGGUGUAUCACUCGAAGAAGCCUGGGAAAAUUCGCAUAGUCUUCGACUGUUCUGCGAAAUACAAGGGAGCCAGCCUAAAUGAUCAUCUGCUCACAGGCCCUGACCUGAUGAAUAGCCUGGUUGGAAUUCUUUUACGGUUCAGACAGCAUCCAGUUGCCUUGAUGUGUGAUGUCGAAAGAAUGUUUCACCAGUUCCAUGUCGACAAAGCAGAUCGAGACUACUUAAGAUUUCUCUGGUGGAGAAAUGGAGAUGUCAACUCACCACCUCAAACCUUUCGAAUGAGAGUACAUCUUUUUGGUGCCUCGUCAUCCCCUGGAUGUGCCAACUUUGGACUGAAGCAUCUUGCAAAAAAGGGUGAGCAUUCACACUCCCUAGGCUCACAGUUCAUUAUGCGAGAUUUUUACAUGGAUGAUGGAGUUUCCAGUGUAGAAAAUGCAGAGAAAGGAAUUCAGUUGGCACAAGAAGCACGACAUCUUUGUAGUCUGGGAGGUUUGAGGCUGCAUAAGUUUGUCUCUAACAGCAAGACAGUUUUAGAGAGCAUACCAUCCUCUGAACGUGCAACAGAUGUUAAUACUGUUGAUCUUUCCCUCGCCAACGAACCUUUGGAAAGAGCUUUAGGCAUUUACUGGCACCUGGAUGAUGACAACUUCAUAUUUCAUGCUAAUUUUAAGGACCAACCAGCAACCCGAAGAGGUAUACUGUCAACUGUGGCCUCCUUGUUCGAUCCCUUAGGGUUUCUUUCGCCAUUUAUACUGAAGGGAAAGGCUAUUCUACAAGAAACAUGCAGAAGUGGCAUGGGCUGGGACGAUCCCUUACCUGAUGCGUUGAAUCCAAGGUGGGAGCACUGGAAGACCGAUCUCGCUAACUUAGUAAAGGUCAAGGUUCCACGUUGUGUUGUACCUGCUGGAUUUGGAAAAAUCACAAAGAAGGAGAUUCAUAAUUUUUCGGACGCCAGUACAAAUGGGUAUGGCCAGUGCUCAUACCUUCGAAUCGAAAAUGAACAAGGUGACGUCCAUUGUACUCUGCUCAUGGCUAAAUCUAGAGUAUCCCCACUCAAAGUCACAACAAUUCCUCGGUUAGAGUUGACUGCAGCGGUUGUGUCAGUUGCAGUAAAUGAUGUGCUGAAAGCAGAAAUGAAUCUUACUGAUGCAGAGGUAUAUUUCUGGACUGACUCCCAAGUGGUACUGGGUUACAUCAGUAACGAAGCUCGUCGCUUUCACACAUUUGUUGCGAAUCGAGUUCAGAGAAUUCAUCACAGUUCCACUCCUCAACAGUGGCGGUAUAUUCCCUCGGAUGAAAAUCCGGCCGAUUAUGCAUCACGAGGCUUAAGCAUUGAUGAUCUUGUCACUUCCUGCUGGUUCACUGGACCCAACAUCUUAUGGCAAAGACAUAUACCUCCUCCUGUGGAUGUUAACCCUCAACUUCAAAUGGAAGACCCUGAGGUUAAAAAGGCUACAUCACUGAUUACUCAUACAGUAGGGAACACCUGUUUAUCUGACCGACUCACAAGGUUAUCUUCAUGGCCCAAAGUUAUCCAAGCAGUGGCACGCCUGCUUCGUAGAGUGAGAAAGGACAAGUCAAGUGAUCACAGUACAGAAAGCUGGGAAAGGAUGGUAAACGUCUGAGCAAACCAUCAGUAGUAGAGCGCCCAGUGCAGAAGUUGGUCCUGCUGCUAGAGGCAGCUUAACAACUUCAUGUAUCCUUUAAGCUUAGCAGUUCAUAAUAGAUGAUUAGUUCUUUGUUUUACUUUCAUCUAAGCUAAGUAAUGGUUAAUUCAUUUUAAAAAUCAUUCGUGAUUUAAGUUUGAAAUUAUAGUCACUCGUGAUUUUGGUGGGAGUGUAAAUAACCCUGUUAUUUGAAUAGUUUUUGAUACCUUUACAUGCACUAUAUUAAGCAUAAGUUUAAGUUUCUAAUUAUUAGUUGUGUUUAUUCUGAUUUAAAAAUGUUUUAUUUACAUGCAAAGUUAUUAAGCCUAUAGAGACUUUUAUUUUGAAAUGACGGACUGCCGCGAAGAUCGCGCAUGCACGGAUAUCGAGCACAUGGGGAGAUCGCUCGUGCACGGAGAGAAGGAGCAACACGGUCACGGAGUAAAACGAUUAAAUAUAAAGUUAAAGCAGCUAAAAAGUAAUUUAGAGUAUUAAUAGUUGCCUGAUUAGUGUAGCACACGGUUUAUUUUGGUUUAUUUUUGGAUAUUUUUGGUUAGUUGUGUGUUUUUGGCCUUCUUUUAUAUUAGUACCUGGUUGAAAGAGGCACAAAGCUCUUACGGUGUUGUGGACUCAAAAAAGGCAAUGUGAAGUCAAAUAAGGUGCAUUUUAAGGAAAAUAAAACUGGAAAAAAGAGUCAAACGCAAACAUCAGUGCAAGAGUCAACUUUAUUUCAACCGGGC